AUGAAUCAAUUCGACGCUAAUCUUAUCCUGGCACAGCCAUUCUUCCUGUGCUCGCUGAUCCUCUUCGUGAUCGGCUGGGUCAUCACCUUCAUCUCCGCCUGUAUCAUCGGUGCGAGCAUCCACCUGAUCUGGGUCGACAUUUUCUACAACCUUUUCCUCCUGCUCGGCACGACUCUCUCCGUCGCGACCCAAUCUCUGCACCACUACCGCCUCGUCAUCCUCGCCUUCAUCGCCGGCUCGCUCUCGUUGAUCUUCGUCUGUAUCGAUACCGCCUUGAACGUCCACACGGAUACCAACAACUAUGCCGCAAAGUACUCUGCCGCCGGCGCUGGCAUGAUCUUCCAGGCCUUCGUCCUCAUCUUCUGGGUCAUCUACUUUGGUGCCGAGGAUGACUCGCUUGCCAAGCGGUCCAUUAAUGGGUUCACUGUUCCCAGGACCCCGCUGACCCAUGGCGGCGCUGUUGGUGUUACGGGCGCACAUGAUGUUGUCAUGGCCCAGCAGCAGCAGCAGCAGCAGCAACAGCAGCAGAAUGGACAGAACCUGAGCUCCGUGGUCGUGGCACCGGCUUCGAAUUAUGCGUACAAGGCUCGGGCGCUGUACUCCUAUGAUGCCAACCCUGAGGACAGCAAUGAGUUGAGCUUUGCCAAGGGCGAAAUUCUGGAUAUCGUUGACAACAAGGGCAAAUGGUGGCAGGCCCGUAAUCAGAAUGGAGCCGUCGGUAUUGCACCUAGCAACUACCUUCAGUUAGUUUAA